AUGGACUCGGACGAGGGUUACAAUUAUGAAUACGACGACGAGGAAGAAGAGUGCAGCGAGGAUAGCGGUGAGGACGAAGCCGAAGACGACACCUUGGAGCUCGGCGACGUGGAGCUGGUCGAUCCCGUGGUGGCCUGCGCCGAUCGCGACGAUUGCGGUGAGACCGGCGGCCUCGGCCCGGGACAGGACGAGGAGGACUACCGCUUCGAAGUUCUCACUACCGAACAGAUACUCCAGCAUAUGGUCGAGUGCAUUAGGGAGGUCAACGAGGUUAUUCAGAAUCCUGCAACAAUCACAAGAAUACUGCUUAGUCAUUUCAACUGGGACAAAGAAAAGCUUAUGGAAAGGUACUUUGAUGGCAACUUGGAUAAGCUGUUUUCCGAGUGUCAUGUCAUAAACCCUAGCAAAAAAUCCAGGACGCGCCUCAUGAACACUCGGUCGUCAGCUCAGGAUAUGCCAUGUCAGAUCUGCUAUCUCAACUAUCCUAAUUCGUACUUCACUGGUUUGGAAUGUGGGCACAAGUUCUGCAUGCAGUGCUGGGGCGACUAUUUAACCACCAAAAUCAUAGAAGAAGGAAUGGGCCAGACCAUUUCCUGCCCUGCACAUAGUUGUGAUAUCCUGGUCGAUGACAACACAGUUAUGCGACUGAUAACAGAUUCAAAAGUGAAGCUGAAGUAUCAGCAUUUAAUAACCAAUAGUUUUGUAGAGUGCAAUCGACUGUUAAAAUGGUGCCCGGCUCCUGACUGCCAUCAUGUAGUCAAAGUCCAGUACCCUGAUGCCAAACCUGUUCGCUGCAAGUGUGGCAGGCAGUUCUGCUUCAACUGUGGAGAGAACUGGCAUGACCCAGUAAAGUGUAAGUGGUUAAGAAAAUGGAUUAAAAAGUGUGAUGACGACAGUGAAACAUCCAAUUGGAUUGCAGCAAACACUAAGGAAUGUCCUAAAUGCCAUGUGACCAUAGAGAAGGAUGGAGGCUGCAAUCACAUGGUGUGUCGGAAUCAGAACUGUAAAGCAGAGUUCUGCUGGGUCUGCUUAGGCCCGUGGGAACCGCAUGGAUCAGCCUGGUACAAUUGCAAUCGCUACAAUGAAGAUGAUGCCAAGGCAGCUAGAGAUGCACAAGAGCGCUCCAGAGCAGCCUUGCAGAGAUACCUAUUUUACUGCAACCGCUACAUGAAUCACAUGCAGAGCCUGCGCUUCGAGCACAAGCUGUACGCACAGGUCAAACAGAAAAUGGAGGAGAUGCAGCAGCAUAACAUGUCAUGGAUCGAGGUGCAGUUCCUGAAGAAGGCUGUGGACGUGUUGUGCCAGUGCCGCUCCACGCUCAUGUUCACAUACGUCUUUGCCUUCUACCUCAAAAAGAACAACCAGUCUAUUAUUUUUGAGAACAACCAAGCGGAUUUAGAGAAUGCGACAGAGGUGUUGUCUGGAUACCUUGAGCGGGACAUUUCCCAAGAUUCACUGCAGGACAUUAAGCAGAAAGUACAAGACAAAUACAGAUACUGUGAGAGCCGGCGGAGAGUUCUACUGCAGCAUGUGCAUGAAGGCUAUGAGAAAGACCUGUGGGAGUACAUCGAGGACUGAGGCAGCGUUCUCCUGCUAGACUCUCAACUUGAGCACCGAUGCAACUGAACCUGGGGCAACUCAAAAUCUGAGCUAUUGCCCUAUUCCCUCCACCAUUCUGCAAAUAUUUAAAAAAAAUAAAAUAAACAAAAAAAAACAUAAAAAAAAAAAAAGUGUACAUCAGUAUUGUUAACAGUGAACAAGCGUAAAGGCUGAGAUUCAAGAAGAGCAAAAAAACAAACAAAAAAAAAUCUUGUCCAGACUGGUGUUGUAACACUUCUUCCCCAUUUAUGACCUUUUCAUUGACGUUUUUAAUUCAUUUAACUUUAUUUUGGCUUGUUUGUUUGUGUGCGGACAGUGGACUUUUUUUCAUAAUGGCUUUAAUAAUCCUGAUCAUGUCCUCUUUCAUGGUCAGGUUCAUGUCUGGGUUGCUGAAUGUUUCCUGAACACAAAAAAAAAAAAAAAAAAAAAAAAUCAAAUUGGUAUUUUUCAAUUUGUACAUAAUGCAUAUGCAUGGGAGCAGGAGUGGCACGUGUUUGCAUACUUUUUAAAUUUAAGGAAAUAUUUAUUCUUUACAAAUAUUGAGGAAAAAUAACUGAUGUAUAUUUGCUGUGUAGAUUGAGGACCUUUUCCCCCUUCCCCUUGUUUAUCCCUUUUCCGAAAGGUUUCGGACGUUGGAUGCUUAACCCAAAACAGGAGUCCAAAUCUCCCCGUCAUUCUUUGCACUCUGUGAAACCGGAGCCUGGUUGUAGGAGACUGAAGACUGAACUCUGCCAAAACACAAAAAACAAAUCAAAAAGCAGUAUGCCAAGGAGGAAUGUUUAGUUUGCUGCACAUCUAAACUAGCUAAAAGCAACGAGAACUCUGUCAAAAAGAGAAUGAGUCAAUAGAACGCUAUCAUUUUCACCUACUUGUAUGGAGAGUUGUUAGACAAAGUACCUGUAGGAAUACACGUCAACCACAAAGAAUAUGGCGUUCAACCCUGGGCUCUCCUGGUUUGUAGAUUAUUUUUUUUUCUUCCCCAAGUAAAUAGAUUUUGAACUGUGAUUUCAUUUAAAAGUGAUAGCUUUUGGGAGCCGAAACUGAGUGACAUUCACUCAUUAUAUUUAUAUAAAUAUAUCUAAGGUUACAUGCACACAAACACUAAUAUUAUAAAUACGUUUGCAUGGAUGUAACCUUUUAUAUGCUUUGCAUCUCUCUCUUAAGGUUCCUGUUCUUCCCAAAAAAAAAAUUUAUUUGGUGCAAUUGAUUGGAAAGUUCGAAGGCAUCGACAUGUAUGAGUGGAACUGUUUAAUUAUUAGCAUUAGUAAAAGCAGGCCGUCUGCACUGAGCCAAUGUCAAGCACAUGCUUAUAUUGAACUGUGCAGAUCUGGUAGUCCGUCAUCUCGCGUUUUGCUGUGAAACUUCAUGUUUAGCUCAGGGGUCAUGUGUAUUAAAGAUUCUCAUUGUAAAAGUGCUGAUCCCC